AAGAUCUGAUUUUCUUUUUUUUAGCCAUUUUUGUUGGUGUUAAAAUGUUUGAAGUAAAUUAUUUAUAGAUUGUAUCCUUUUCUAUUAUUUUGUUCUGUCUGCUGCUCAGCUGCCAUAUUUAAUUAUUCUUACAUCAUGGGUGCAAUUAUAGCUAGAUUUCGGAAAUCACCAACAACCAUAGAGAUAUUGGAAGAUAUAGACAAAAAUAUUGCACAUCUGGAAAAAUUCAGAAAAGCUAACCAAGAGCUACGACAAAAAGUUAUUGGGAAACUCAUUUUGUAUUCUGUUGUUCUGUAUAUUGUUGGUGCAGUGGCUCUUUACUUCUUUUUUAUGCCUCAAGAGUUGACAUAUAAAAUAUAUGGAUUGUCUCCAUUUUUCUUAUUUCCCUUCUUAGUUUAUUUAUUAAAAAGAUUUCUUCACUGGUUCUUUGUACGGAAAAUAUCUCAAAAUGAAGGCGAAAUGCAAGCAUUAAAAGACAAACGGAAAGACAUUCUGGAAAAUGUGAUGGAAACUGAAACGUACAAGAAAGCGAAAGAAAUUUUAGAGAAGUUCGAUCCAGAAACAAAGAAAAAAUUGGAAGAGGAAAAAAAUCGAAAAGAUUCGGAAGCAAAUGCUGCAACCUCACCACCACAACAACAACAUCCAGGUUUGCGCAGAAGACAAGUACCAGGUCAGUCUGAGCAUCCCGGAGCACCAGGGGCUGCUAUUGGUCGUGGACGAGGAAUUGGUUCUCCAUUACCUCUUCCUAAUAUGCAGCAAACGCCAAUGAAUGGAGCUGCAAGAGGACAACCAAUUGUUCCUCGUUCCCCAGUAGCUGUACUGCCCAGACCAAUAUUGCCGUUGAAUAAAACAACAAUGGAUAAAUUGAUGGAUUAUAUGAUUGGAGAUGGAACUGCACACAGAUAUUCUCUCAUAUGUCAAAAUUGCUGCAAUCAUAAUGGAAUGGCUUUGAAAGAGGAAUUUCAAUAUCUUGCUUUCAGAUGUGCAUAUUGUCGAUUUUUCAAUCCCGCUCGAAAGCAAAGACCUAAUGCUCCCAGACUGCCAAUGACUCCGCCACGUCGCAUUGAACCGAUACAAGGUACUGCCAACAAUGAUGAUGACGGGAAUAAUGAGAGUGACAAACCUUCAACUUCUUCUACCCCUGAAUCAGAGAAUCCUUCUGCCGGCACUUCAGGUGAAGAGGUGCAACAAGUAUCAGUGAAGAAAGAAGUCCCUGAUGUGGAAAGCAAUGCAGAUACUGACAAUUCACAACAACCAUCGGAGCAUACAGAUGCAGAAGAUAUGGAAGUAGAGGACAUAUCUGCUGGAUCUAGUGUUACCAAUGAUGAAGCUGAGCAAAUUCUUCCUGAUGCUUCCAUCUGAUAGCUUUGUUUGCAACUUGAAUGCUCAUUGUGUUGAAUACAUAUAUAGUUUUUUAAACACAUUCACUUUUUGAUGGUUUUGUGUUAUCCUUCCUGCUCAAAUAUUGGGGGAACGUUGGAUUUUUAAAUAUUGCAUGUUUGUGAUCAGCAAGUACAAACCUUUUUUUUCAUGCCGAAUAUUGUAAGUUAUCAAAUCCUGUCUUAUUUUUUCUACUGCCACUGUUCUUGCUUUACCAUGAGUGAUGUAUAUGCUGUGUUGUGUUCUUGUCAGAAAUAAAUGAUACCACAUCGA